GCUCUGCUAUAUUGUGCUUCAAUCUUCCCCAUCUCAUUUACCAUAAAUUAAAUCUCAGACUUCAUAGCGCUAGCAAGAUCAUCGCAUACGCCCAUGAUUCAAGUCAGAGAUGCUGCCAUGCUUUUAUUAGUGGAUAUACUGAUUGCAAAAACUAGUUAGAACAAAUCAACAUUGAACUUUUUUUUUGGCUUUGAUGGGAUACAUAUGCCUAAAACUAUAACAGGAGCCGAAGCAAGAAACUGUCUUUGAUGUGCUUUCAUUAGCAACCGAGUUUUGAGCGUAGUGCCUUGUCCAAAGGGUUGUUCUCCAUUACCAAAAGAAUCACAUCUGCUACUGCGAAAAGUAUUUCUAGGCAAGAAGAAAAUGAAAUAUUUGUCUCUUGCAGGGUAAUGAAACAGAGAAGCUAUGGAAGCCAGGAGGACCUUAAGACAAUAAGACGUGAAGAUGGGGCCAAAAUCGUCAUUUAGCUUUACACCAGAUUUACAAAAUUUAAAUUACCGUUAACCACCUGCUCCUCCUAAUACCCGCCAAAUACAUCGCACCAUUUAGAGGAGGAGGUUUUAGUUGACUUAUUCUCUCUCUGCAGUUCACUGGAUGUGGCAAACUCUCAAUCACCCUGAAACAAUUCACAAUCAUAUGUUUUAGACAUCAAUGUUUCAUUUUUCGGAAUUUUAGCUUUUUUUACGUCCAGGAAGGUAUGAUCUUGUUAUGGAGAUCUUUAGCAUUCAUUUUCCUUCUGCUUUUCUUCACAGAAGACUUGUGUACCGGCCAAGAUUACGAGGACGAAGAGCCACCGCCAGCCCCGCCUAAGGCCUUAGACAGCUGCAACGGAAUUUUCUUGUCCUAUGACUUCAUUUCGCGAACGAAAGAGUAUCCGAAAGUGAAGAAUGUAUCAGCACAAGCAUGGGCCUUCAAUGCAACAGCAACUAUAAUGAAUACAGGCACGGUUGAGCUUAAAGCAUGGAAAAUGUUUAUUGGGUUUCAAUAUAGGGAGAUUCUAGUCAAUGCAGGUGGAGCUGUUUUGAUGAAUGGGGAUGAUUUUCCUGCUGCUGUUGGCAAUGGGAGCUACCUUUCAGGAUACCCUCAAUCGGAUUUGAAAACAUCGAUUGAUACAGCAGGAGAUUUAAACCAAAUUCAGGCUCGAAUUGAGAUAAGCGGGACUCAGUUCGGUUUGAAGCCACCAGCUAUUCCAAUGCCUAAAACAAUCAAACUUGUAAACGAUGGAUUCAAAUGUCCAGCACCGACUCGUAAGAAGACCUCAAUGUAUGUAUGUUGCGUCAAGGAUCCAAAAUUCGAAGCCAAGAAUCUAACAACAAAGUUCUUGCCAAGACAGACCGGUGAUCUUUCAAUUUCCUAUGAUAUCAUCCAGGCCUAUGAGAACAACUAUAUGGCACAAAUCACCAUAGAGAAUGAUCAUCCUUUAGGACGUCUCGAUCACUGGAACUUGACGUGGGAAUGGAUGAGAGGCGAAUUCAUAUACUCGAUGAAAGGAGCUUACACAAGAGAAAUAGACUAUUCAGAUUGCAUAUAUGGUCCUGCAGGACAAUACUAUGGACAAAUGGACUUCUCUAAAGUCUUGAAUUGCGAAAAGAAGCCAGUGAUUUCUGAUUUGCCUCGCGAGAGAUAUAACGAUACCCAAAUCGGGAAGAUUCCUUAUUGCUGCAGAAAUGGUAGUCUCUUGCCAUCUCUAAUGGAUGCGGGUGAAUCGAAGGCUGUUUUCCAAAUGCAAGUGUUUAAACUUCCUCCUGAUUUGAAUCGAACGGCGCUGUAUCCACCAGAGAAAUGGAAAAUCGUCGGUGUGCUUAAUCCGGAUUAUAAAUGUGGACCUGCAAUAAGAGUUGAUCCAACAGAAUUCCCAGAACCAAGUGGACUUCAGGCUAUAAGCAUUGCAAUUGCAAGUUGGCAAGUAGUCUGCAACAUCUCCAAGCCAACAAAAAGUAAUUCUAGAUGCUGUGUUUCCUUCUCUUCCUACUACAAUGAAUCCGUCAUACCUUGCAAUACAUGUGCUUGCGGAUGUCCAGACAAAACAAAAUGCAAUCCAGAAGCACGAGCAAUGCUCGUCCCACCGGAAACUCUUCUCGUUCCCUUCGAAAACCGGACUGUAAAGACAUUGGCUUGGGCAAAGCUAAAGCAUUUUCACAUCCCUAAACCUCUACCUUGUGGUGAUAACUGUGGAGUCAGCAUAAAUUGGCAUGUCUCCACCGACUACAGAAACGGAUGGACUGCUAGAAUCACACUAUUCAACUGGGAAGAAAUCAAUUUCGAGAACUGGUUCGUCGCGAUUCAGUUGAAAAGAUCCGGUCGUGGUUAUCAAAAGGCCUACUCUUUCAAUGGUACAUUUCUUCCACAGCUUAACAACACAAUUUUCUUGCAAGGCGUACCGGGGAUGGUUUAUUUGAUGGGAGAGACAAAUGGAACAGACCUAGGUGAUCCAAGAGUACCAGGGAAGCAACAAACUGUUAUUUCUUUUACAAAAAAAGAUAUCCCAAAACUGAAUAUACCAAAGGGAGAUGGUUUUCCUACAAGAAUAUUGUUCAAUGGGGAGGAAUGUUCUCUUCCAACACAAUUUCCAACGGGAGCAGCAAAUAGGCAUUAUUAUCAUGUAGGUUUUGUUCAAGUAGUACUACUCACACUUGUGAUCAUCUUGCUGAUGGAAAGUCAUCACUGAUGAUUAUUCAAGGUUUUGUAGAAGCAUUGUUACUUCUUUUGAUCUAGAGUUUCCUUUGGUAGAAAACAAAAUUUCAUAAA